AUAUGUUUAUUGAAUUGUCGCCAGCAGAUAUCCGGCAAGCAGAAGGGAAAACGAGAAACUUUUGCAAUAGCUAUCGUGUUGAAAAAGGGAACUGGAGACAGGACAACUCUUGAUUAUGGAAACAUCAAAGGAAAGUACCCUCUAAAAAUGGGAGGAGAGACUUCAAAAGCACAGUAUCGUACAUCGGCAUCCAUUUUAAUUACUUUGGGUUGUGUGUACACUGGUUAUCCAGUGCAUCUCUGAUAAAAAUCAGAAGGAACACGUAUUCGUUUUAUGAAAAAUACAUUGUCUCUGCGAAUCAUGGGAGAUCUCUACGAAAAAGAUAUGAUCACCUGCCCGUACAACCGGGAGCAUGUGAUGCUGCGCAAAAAGUAUCAGCAGCACAUUUUGAAAUGCCGUGAGAUCUACAAAGACAAGGUGGAGCUUCUUGAGUGUCCCUUCAACAAGGGGCACCUGGUACCAGAGUUGGAGUUCCACCAACAUUUAAAAUCCUGUGAUGAUCGCAAAAUAAUUGUGCAACAUCUAAACAGCGAGGAACCGGAUGUGCGCCCCGACACAAGACAUGAGAAAAUUGAAGCCGACGAGAACUGGGACGAUGAUCGGGUGGAGGACUACAAUCCGCAGGUGUAUUGCGCUCAGGCAAAUAUCAUACGCGAACCGCGCGGCCUGUUCCCGGCCCAGCGCAAGGCAUUCUUCAAGGAGGAGGAACGUCGUCGACGCGGCGAUGCUGAACAGCCGGGCACGUCCAAUUCCCCGGCUGAAAAUCGUCCAACUCCGCACCACCACAAGGAGCGUCUGCAUUCGAAACGCUCUUCGAAAUAAAUGAAGUAUUUUUUUGUAUACUCAACACCAACACCA